AUGAGACUCCAUUACACACUGUCGAUUUUUGCGGGGCUGCUGUGCCCCCCGGCAUUUGCAGCCAACAAAUCUGAUAUUCCUACCCUACCCCUGAGCACAGACUCUACGUUCAACUUCCAAUUCCUCAUUGCCCUUGGUGACACCCUCACCGGAGGGGCCGAUAUCGCGCCGGUUCUGGGAGCCGCUAAGAACAUUAAAGCUGGAGAUAUGGCCUCCUUCAGUGAACAGUUCUACAAGCUCGCCAAUCAAACCAAGGAAAGCGCAGAGAACCCCGAGAAUGCCUACGAUCCGGUCAAUGUCAGAGACACUUGGUUCUCGGCCUCCCAAUACUUCCGCCGUGCAGAUUUCUACGUCCACGAAAACUGGAGCAACCCGCUCAUCAAGAGCCUGUGGGCAGAGCAGACCGCAGCAUUCGACAAGGCAAUUUCCGCUUUGCCUGUGCCUGGAGAACGGGUGCGCAUCCCGGUGCAGGAACGCAAUUUCACCAUCGAAGCUAUCUGGUAUGGUGUGCCUGGCAGGGACGCCCGCAAGCUCCCGACUUUAGUUAUCGGAAAUGGCUUCGACGCCGCGCAGGAAGACUCCUAUCACUACUUCGUUGCGUUCGCUCUUGCACGGGGCUGGAAUUGCAUCACCUACGAAGGCCCAGGCCAAUCAACCGUGCGCCGAGAACAGGAUGUCGGUUUCAUUCCAGACUGGGAGACCGUCGUGACUCCCGUGGUAGACUAUGUGCUCUCUGAGAAAUCACACGUGGUUGACAGAACCCGCCUGGUACUUGUCGGCAAUUCCUUCGGUGGUUUACUCGCAGCCAGGGCAGCGGCUUUUGAGCCCCGUCUAUCCGCCGCUGUCUUAAUUGACGGACUUUGGGACUUCCACGCCGGAGUCAUAAUGCAACUGCCAUCUGACAUUCUGGCCUUGUACGAAGUCGGUAACUACACACAGUUCGAUCAUACGGUUCUUUCGCUGCGCCGGGCUGGAAAGCUCUCCACGAUGGCUGCCUGGGGUAUUGAUCAGGGAUUGUGGUCAUUUUAUACGCAUUCUCCCUCAGAUUUCUUCAAUCAGACUAAGCAGUAUAAACUGGAGGGGGUCGUUGAGAAGAUCCAGAUCCCGGUGUUUGUGGGGGAUGGUGAGUACGAUAACUAUUUCCCAGGCCAGGCGAGGAAAGUCAAGGAUGCACUCGGAGACAGGGCUACUCUGCAUGAGUUCCAUGGGGUUGCUGGCUACCAUUGCCAGACUGGUGCUGGACAAGAGAUGGCGCGUGCUAUGUUUGCGUGGUUGAACAAGACUCUGGGGAAAGCGUGA